AUGAAUCUAGUCAAUCUACCCGGUUCACCUCCCGACUACGAGGUCUCUGAAGCUUGCUACUCCGAAAAUGGAUGUGCAUACGACAGUCUGAAAUACGAGCCGAGCGACCACGAGGUGCCGACGGACAGCUCGCGUAAGACGAAUCGUAUGGGCCGGUACCUCGUCUGGUGCCAAUGCGUCCCAGGCACUCCGUGUCGCGCCCCCGAGCCACACUGCUACCAGAUGCACACCUUCUGCUGGAGCUUCUUGAAUAAAGUUUUGGGGUCGCGCGUGGAGAAUAAUAUGGAUACCCUGCUCGAGAGCAUUGAGGUCGUCUGGGAGCAAGGGACAGCAGCAGCAACGACAACAAGCGACACGCCUUCCGCCGACGACGAGAGCGGUCAACAGCAGCAUUGCCUUGAGGUUCCGCAUUCGGGGAGUUUCCCGGGGACUCUGUCGAUGUUCGGCGUGCCGUCGAGCAAUCCUGCGCUUGAGAGGCUGAUCGAUCAUUGUCGAAUUGACAGCGACAGUUUGAGCGAGAAAGAGGCGAGCAGCGACGACGAGGUUCCUCCGCGCCAGCGACGUGGUAGCUUCGGUCGUCCUGGCAGGUUGCCCGUAGAGUUACAGCUGACCGUGCUCGAUUUUCUUACGGACAUCGCGGAUAUCGGCAAUGCGGUGGCUGCGUUUCAAUGGAGCGUGUCAGGUUCGUACCUCAGACGCCGGUUUCCUUACAAGGCGAUCUACGAGUUGGACGAUAUCUCGACAGACGAGCUGGACUGGUCGGCGUUUAUUAUUGGAUUUAACGAGCUUCUCAUGGAUCCGUCGUGGGGUAUACGCCAUCGGUUGCGCAUCUUUAAGAUUGUGUGCAGCAUUCGCGACAAGUUUCUCGAGCUUGAGCUCGAGAGUGAUAAGAGCGAGUGA